AUGGUUAUGCUGGCAAGUAAGGAUUCAAAAGGUGCAACUACUCUUGAAGAAGAAGGACAAGGACAAGGACAAGGACAAGGUACGAAAAUGUUAUUUAGCACGAAACUUGAGACUGAAACCUAUCCUGAAUGGAAGGACUACUACAUCAAGUACAAUCACUUGAAGAAAUUGUUAAAAGAAGGUGUAAUCUUGAAGAAUAACUGGACAGAUAAAGAUGAGCAAAACUUUGUUUGCGCUUUGGAUGAAAAUUUGGAAAAAGUGUUUACUUUCCAACGUAACAAGUUUGACGAAUUGAGUGAAGAGUUGAAUAAAUUGCAAGUUGAAACCGAAGCUGUUGAUUCUUUUAAUGUCGAUGAGUUUUCCAAAAAAUUGGAUAACUUGUUAAAUGAAGCUCAAAAUUUGGAGCGUUUCCAAAGAUUCAACUAUACGGGAUUUAUCAAAAUUGUUAAAAAGCACGAUAGAAUUCACCCUGGGUACUCAGUCAAACCUUUGCUAAAUGUUAGAUUGAAGAAUUUGCCUUUCCAUUCAGAAGACUAUUCACCAUUGUUGUACAAAAUCGGUACCUUGUUCCAAUUCUUAAGAGACAACUAUGAGGUAGACCAAUCGUUAUCCAAAUUAUCCUCAUUCAAUGAUGGGUCCUUGAGUGGCGAAUUCCAAUCGUUUAAAUUUUGGAUCCAUCCCGAUAAUUUGAUGGAGGUGAAAACUACAAUUUUGAGACAUUUACCUGUAUUGAUUUACAAUUCCAAGCAUAAGAAUGGCAAUGGCAAUAAUGAUGAUGAUGACGAUGAUGACGACGACGACUAUGAAGAUGAGAAUGACCCUGAAGGAAAUGGAAGACAUAAAGUAACUCAAACUGAUCAAACCAUCAAUUGCCUAUACUUUGAUGACAAAAACUUUAGCCUUUACAAUCACAAAUUAACCAAAUUAAAUAAUUCAGCAACAUUGAGAAUUCGAUGGAUUGGGAAACUAUCCGAUAAGCCAAAGAUCACAAUGGAAAAGAAACAAUUUGAUGUUAAUUCCAAUUUUCAUAUUGAUGAUAAAAUUGAAUUGAGACAAAAGUAUAUUAAUCAAUUUGUUAUAAACAAGACUAUACCUCCCAAAUUUCUCAAGAUUAAUGAUGAAUCAAAAGUCAAGAGUUUACUCAAAUUUAUGGACGAUAACAAUUUACAGCCGGUAUUGCGUACCACAUACAAGAGAACAGCAUUUCAAAUACCUGGAGACGAUAAAAUUAGAAUCAUCAUUGAUUCAAAUUUGACAUUUAUCAGAGAAGAUUCAUUUGACCCGCAAUUGCCCAUUAGAGACCCCAAGCAAUGGCACCGCUUGGAUUUGGACAAUUCUAUAAAUGGACAACAAUUUUUAAGAAAAGGAGAAUAUAACAAGUUCCCCUUUUCAACUAUGGAAAUAAAGAUCAAAAAAUCCUCAGUCAAGAAUUUCAAAAAGUUGCAAUGGAUUAACGAAUUGAUUAAUAGUUCUCAUUUGGUCAAAGAGAUACCCAAUUUCUCUAAAUUUAUUCAUGGUAUUGCUAUAUUGUUUUUGGAAGAUGAAAAAUUGGAUAAUAUUCCAAUGUGGUUCAAUGAGUUGGAAGGAGAUAUUAAUGAUGAUUUAUUAAAGGUACCACAAAAGAUUAAUAAUGAGGGCAUCACUGAGAUAAGUCACGACGAUAACUUAUCUCGGUUUAAAUCGAUGAUUUUAAAGAAUAAAACAUCCAAUUUCCAACCCAGAUCUGCUUCUUUUUCGGGAAGUUUAUUAUAUAAAGAAGAUGGGGAAGAAGAGUUUGAUGGUAAAAAAAUCAAACCAAUUGAAGAGGAACAAGAGCAACAACAACAACAACAACAGGACUCCAAGGUGCCAAUCAAGAAGUUACAAGAUGAGCAACAUCAACAACAGAUCAAUUUCACUACUGAUGAUCAAUCUUCAGACUUUGAUGAAGAUGAAGAAGACGAAGAAGAAGAUGAUGAUGAAGAAGGUAUUGGUAAAUCUGGUAAGUCGUUAUCUAGGAUUAGGAAUUUAUCAACCCAAUUCUCCAAAUUGGCUGGUGUUGACUCUGAGGAUGAAGAGAUUGAUUUACCACCUGGUGUUGUGAAGCCAGAGCAAUGGAUUAAAAACAUGGGACCAAUCAAGAUUGAACCAAAAGUCUGGCUUGCCAACGAACGUACAUUCAACAGAUGGUUACAUGUGACGCUAUUAUUAUCAUCGUUGACUUUUAUUAUUUACAAUUCACAAAACAGCUCCAACUUCAAAAACUUGAGUCUUUACUUGGCUUGGUUCUAUUUUUUGUUAACAAUAUUUAGUUGUUUGUGGGCAUACUACAUUUACAUUACCAGAAGAGGAAUUAUUUUGGAAAGAAGCAGUAAACAUUUAGAUAACUCUGUUGGUCCAUUAAUUGUAGCAUUUGGCUUGAUGACAGCUUUGGUGGUGAAUUUUAUAUUUGGAUGGAGAAACUUGAAUUUGAAUGUCAAUGAUGAGUUUUAUGUGAAUAAUCCAUUACAUAGGAAAGUACAUGAGUUUAUAGUAACUAUGGUCAAUUAG